AUGGAUGCCUACAAAUGGGCGGGCAAGCGAGCAAACCCGCGCCUGAAGCAGUGUUCGGCGGAAGCAGAACAUGAAGAGGGGCACUGCCGCGGGCGACACGGCCUGUGCAAAGAGGGGGCGAGUAGCGACUGGUUGUGGAUUUCGAUGUGCCUCGCCAUGCUGGUGGCGGUGGUGCUGGUUACGGGGACGGCCACGAAGAUGCCCGUGGCACGAGGGCAGCAGAUACAGCAGGACGCCUGGUUGAGCGACAUAGUGAUGGGCGGACCGGCCAGCCUGACCUUCAUCUACGGCCCCGAGUACGUCGAGGUCGAGGUGGAGAUGGUGCGGGGCGUCCAGCUGGCCUUCGCCGCGGCCAACGCGCGGGUGGGCUAUGACCGCAUGGGGGUGCUCGCGCGACGCAACCUCACCGCCCGCUUCGAGGACGACGGGGCCGAGCCGGACCGCACCAUCAACAUCACCACCUCCCUCCUCGCCCUGCCCGAGGACCAGUUCUUCGGUUUCCUCGUCGGACCCGACGCCGAGCGCAGCCAAGAGUCGUUUGCGCUGGUGAAUGCGACGGGGCUGGAGAUCCCGUUCGUCGGGCCGUGGUCGGCGGCGUCGUACUUCAGGGACCCGUUCCACCGGUGGGUCUUCAACACGCUGCCGCGCAGCUUCCCGAGCAUCAUCUACGCCAUCAUCAAGUUCCUGGCCAACACGAAGCUCAUCUCGCGGGUCGCGCUCUUCUACCCGCGCGCGGACCUCGUGUCGGGCAGCGACAUCCGCAAGAUCACCAGCAACGCGCUGGGCGCGUUCGGGCUGCGGCUCGUGUCCUACUACCAGCUGCCCGACUUCUCCUACGUGCCGGCGCGCAUCGAUCAGGCCGUGGCCAACAUCAGCGCCGGCAAUCCGCAGGCCGUCAUCCUGGUCAACGACCAGACCAACACCUUCGCCCUCGUGCGGGCGCUCAAAGAGAAGCUGACCGACGUGAGCUACAUCAUCGACGGCGCUAUAACCAUCGGCGCCGAGAAGGUGCUCAACGGCACCUACCGCGACGAGGUCUACCAGACCUUCCCGGUGCCGCUGCUGUCGGACAACAGCGAGCGGGUGGUGCGCGAGUUCCACGAGGAUCGGCUGCGCUACGACCCGGAGUGGGUCGACCCUGGCGAGGUGGGCGCGCUCGAGGGCUACAUCGAGGGCCGCUGGCUAGUGUCGGUGUUCGAGGGCAUGCGCGAGCCGCUCACCCGCGCGAGCUUCAUCGACGCCGUCUACGCCACGCCGAUCCACAACGUGGGUGACAUCGUCAUGGGGCCGCACUACCAGGACUGCACCGCCACCGGGUGCCAGGCCUGCUGCAACGCCGGGUCGCGCAAGCUCUACCUGGUCCAGUUCCCCAACGGCACGCUUGAGUACGCCGACGACGGCGCGCUCGAGUGGCAGUCGUGCUUCCCGCAGCCGAGCGACGUCAAGUUCCCCUUCAAGUUCGGCCAGAGCAUGGCCCUCAGCGGGCAGCACAACGCCACGGGCACGGCGGUGCGCGACGGCAUCCUGGCGGCCUUUACCGAGAGCAACCAGGCCGGGUCGCUCAACGAGCGCGACGCGGUCCUGAUCAGCUACGACGACCACUCGCAGCCCUUCAACUACACGGCCAGCAACUACGAGCAGCUCACCACCCUCGACGCUGUGCUGGCCCUCGUGGGCCUUGCCGGUUACGACUCGGUCGAUAUCGCCCUGCAUAUGCGCGGCAAUGGCUCGGCGGACGGCAGCAGUGGCAGCGACAUCAGCAACAUCCCUAUCAUCGGGUUCACCUCCGGCUCGCCGCUGCUCCACACCGAGUUCGACCGAAGCGUGGUCAGCAUCACGCCCUCGUCCUACGAGGAGAUGGCCGGCGCGCUGGACUACUUUGUCAAAGGAGAGCCGAAGUUCACCCGCGUGGCCAUCUUCUACGAGAACACGCAUAGCGGCCGCCUCACGAACGAGGGCCUUACCAAGGCCCUCCGCCUACGCAAUCUGGUGCCCUGGGCCAGCGUGCCCGCCGACUCCUCCCUCGAGCCCGCGCGCGGCGCCCAGUUGCUGUUCAUCUACAGCAGCAAGACGGGCGAGCUCGCCGGCCAGGCCCUGUCGCUGUUCGGCUCGAGCAUCGAGCUGUGCGUGCUCGCCGCGCAGAACCCGGACCUCGUGGCGGGCGCGCUCGCGGCGCAGGUCGGCGGGUCGGGCAAGCGGCAGCAGACGGCGCUGAGCAAGGUCUACUUCACGCAGGCCCUGCCCAACCCCAACCCGGAACUCUCCGCGCCGCAGGUGGUGCUCCCCAACGCGACGGGCAUCGUAGCCGACUACCGCGCGGCGAUGACCGCCCUGCACGAGCGCAGCGAUAGCGCGGCGACGCCGACCUACGCCUCGUUCAACGGCUACGUGACGGGGCGCUUCCUGCUGGCUCUCAUAUCGACCAUCAACGGGCGCGUCACCAGCGACUCCCUGCUGCGCUCGGUCUACACAUCGGGCGUGAUCGACCUGAGCGGCCUCCGGCUGGGCCUCUACUACGACAGGUGCAACACCACCCAGAUCCCGUGCUGCAACACCGGCACCCGCUCGAUCUACGUCGUGCAGCCCACGAUCGACACGGCCGCGUUCCUGCCGCCCACCGCCAGCCGGCCCGUGCUGUGGCGCACCAUCCACGCCUUCACGUACUCCAACUGCACCAUCAGCUUCGACCCGGAGUCGACGUCGAGCUCCAACGGGCUCAGCACGGCCGUGGGCGCCGUCAUCGGCGUGGUGGCGGGCGUGGGCGGGUUCCUGCUGCUGGUGCUCCUGGUGGCCCUCGUGCUGGGGGCGAUCCUGGUGCGCCUGUCGCGCCGCCGCCGCCGGGACGAGUGGGAGAUCGGCUUCGAAGAGCUCGAGCUGGGGAGUCUCCUGGGCUACGGCGGCUACGGCGAGGUGUACAAGGGCCGGUGGCGUGGGACCGAGGUGGCCAUCAAGACCAUCAACACCUCGCGCGAGGUCACCCGCGAGAUGCGCGCCAGCUUCGCCGCCGAGGCGCGCAUCAUGAGCAGGUUGAGGCACCCGAAUGUGGUGCUGUUUAUGGCGGCCUCGACCAAGCCGCCCACCAUGUGCAUCGUCAUGGAGUUCAUGAGCCUCGGCUCCCUCUUCGACUUGCUGCACAACGAGCUGGUGACGGCCAUACCGUUGGCGCUGAAGGUCAAGCUGGCCUACCAGGCGGCCAAGGGCAUGGCCUUCCUCCACUCGUCGGGCAUCGUGCACCGCGACCUCAAGUCGCUCAACCUGCUGCUCGACCACAAGUGGAACGUCAAGGUGUCGGACUUUGGACUCACGCUGUUCAAGGACUCGAUCAUGAAGAAGGAGAACAACCAGCGCGUCGUGGGCAGCAUCCCGUGGAUGGCGCCCGAGCUGUUGGACGGCUCGGCCAGCCUCAACCACGUCAUGUGCGACGUCUAUAGCUACGGCGUGGUACUAUGGGAGCUGCUCUUCCGCGCACAGCCCUACGAGGGACUCGCCCCGCCGCAGAUCGCCGUCGCCGUCCUCCGCAACGACCUCCGCCCGUUCGUUCCCGUCGGAGAAUACUCGCCCGCCGAGGAAUCCUACCUCGCCCUCACCAACCGCUGCUGGCAUCGCGAUCCGGCGAUGCGUCCGAUGUUCAUGGACAUCAUCAAGGACCUGCAGGCCAUCCUCGAGAGCGAGGGUGUACAUAUCAGCAACAGUAGCAGCAGCGCCGAGAGCAGCGGGCCGGCGGGACACGCCAGCGGGGCCUACGACCGCGACGACGCCCGCCGCAGCGUCGAUUCCCUGCGCAGGCGCCGAAGCCCUGUCAACAGCGCCAGCGCCAGCGCGUCGGUGGUGACCUGGGGCAAAGAGGGCGGCAUCCCGCGCCAGGCCGCGCACUCUCCGGGACAGAUGGCGAGUUCGGCCUCGUACUCUCACACGACGUCGGAGGAGGAGUUCGGCAUGCGGCCCCACCUGCCGAUCGCUGACGUCAGCAUCGCCGUGUGCGACCUCGUGGGCUGCGACGAGGCCUGGGCGACCGACCCGGUCGCCACGCCCAAGGCCAUCACCGCCUACGCCGACCUCGUGCGACAGAUCGCCGAGGACGCCGGCGGCGGCGGCGGUACAAUCUUCUCCGACCCGAGCCUCAACAGCGGCGGCACCUUCUUCCUGGCCUUCGCCCAGACGGGCGCGGCGGCCACGUUCGCGCUCGCCCUGCAGAAGGAGGCGACGGCCCACAAGUGGCCGACCACUAUUCGCGUGCUGUCGCGGGUGUCCCUGCACCACUGCGCGAGUGCUGGGAUCGUGCGCGAGCGGCUGAGGCUGCGGUACAAGCUCAGCGACUACGAGCCGGCAGUCGAGGCCAACACGCUCUGCCGACCGGGCGGCGUACUCUGCACGCCGGCCUUUCGCAACCGUGCAACGCAGCUGCGCGCGGGCUUCGUGUUUGCGCGGAGGCGCGACGGCGACGGGUUCUACCUCCUCCGGCACGACGCCGACGAUCACUCCGACGACGAUUCUAACUCCGAGCUGGAGAGCGACAGCAGCCGCACCGACGACGACGAGGGCGGCGGAGUGGACGACGAAUGGCGCGCGCUCGGGCCGGAGAGCCAGGCCAUCUGCUCGUCCAACCGGUGCCCGUGGAUCGUCGACCGCGCGCGUCUCUCGCUGGACAAGCAGAUCGGCGAGGGCAACUACGGCAAGGUGCUGGCUGGCAUCUACGAGGGCCACAAGGACCAAGGCCACUUCCAGCUGUCGAUCAUCAGCGGCGAUCCCUACACCGAGAAGGCCGACAUCUACAGCUUUGGCAUCGUGAUGUGGGAAGUGCUCACGCGCAAGGUGCCCUUUGCCGACAAGAACAUGAUGACGGUGGCGAUGGACGUGCUCCUGGGCAACCGGCCCGCGGUGCCGGCCGACUGUCCGCCCGAGUACGCCCGGGUGAUGACCCGCUGCUGGCGCCGCAAGCCGCGCAAGCGACCCACCGCCGAGGACCUCGUCCAUUUUUUCAACGGCCAGCUGGAAGACAUCGCAGUCUAG